AUGGGUUUGCUAUGUAGUAAACAUAGACAGUACAAUCAAGCUGAUUCCGAGGAAAAUGCACAGACUGCAGAAAUAGAAAGGCGGAUUGAGCAAGAAACGAAGGCUGAGAAGCAUAUUCAGAAACUUCUUCUACUUGGUGCUGGAGAUUCAGGGAAGUCUACAAUCUUCAAACAGAUAAAACUUUUAUUUCAAACUGGCUUUGACGAUGCAGAGCUAAAGAGCUAUAUCCCAGUCAUUCAUGCCAACAUCUAUCAGACAAUAAAAAUACUACAUGAUGGGUCAAAAGAACUAGCUCAAAGUGAAGAUGAUUCUUCGAAGUAUGUGAUUUCAGAUGAAAAUAAGGAAAUUGGUGAAAAACUUUCUGAACUUGGAGGCAGGUUGGAUUAUCCCCUCCUAACAAAGGAUAUGGCCCAGGAGAUAGAAGCUCUUUGGAAAGACCCUGCUGUACAGGAAACAUAUUCACGUGGUAAUGAGCUUCAAGUUCCAGAUUGUGCACAUUACUUUAUGGAAAAUUUACAUAGAUUUUCUGAAGCUAGUUAUGUUCCGACGAAGGAUGAUAUCCUAUAUGCCCGUGUUCGAACGACUGGCGUUGUUGAAAUCCAGUUCAGCCCAGUUGGGGAGAAUAAAAAGAGUGGUGAAGUAUAUCGUCUUUUUGAUGUUGGAGGUCAGAGAAAUGAAAGAAGAAAGUGGAUCCAUCUAUUUGAGGGUGUCACAGCUGUAAUAUUUUGUGCUGCUAUUAGUGAGUAUGAUCAGACACUAUUUGAGGAUGAAAACAAGAAUCGGAUGAUGGAGAGCAAAGAACUCUUUGAGUGGAUUCUGAAACAGCCAUGUUUUGAGAAAACAUCAUUCAUGUUAUUUCUCAACAAAUUUGAUUUAUUUGAAAAGAAGGUUCUGAAAGUGCCUCUCAAUGUAUGUGAGUGGUUUAAAGAUUACCAGCCAGUUUCCUCAGGAAAACAAGAGAUUGAACAUGCAUACGAGUUCGUUAAAAAGAAAUUUGAAGAGUCGUAUUUCCAGAACACUGCCCCUGAUUGUGUGGACCGGGUUUUUAAAAUCUAUAGAACCACGGCCCUUGACCAGAAGCUUGUAAAGAAGACUUUCAAACUGGUAGACGAGACGUUGAGAAGGAGAAACCUAUUUGAAGCGGGUUUGUUGUGACAAUCUACAAAGGAGAAAUGUUGAUAUAUUGGAAAAAGAUGCGCGGAGUUUUGGUACGGAAAGAUAGGCUUUUGGCGUUUGAUACAGGUUAAAAGUUUUGUUUAGUUUGCUGCCCCAUAUCAAAGAAGUUGAUUCUUUUAUAACCUGCUGCUCUUCUCCAGCGAGGAGGAUUGGCUGUCGUUUUAUUUGGCUGUUCAUUGGUGUAAUUAUUUGAUCACAGGCUGGCUCAAUGUAAGAGUUGUAUAUGGACUGCUGCACUGGCUAUACAUUUGUGUUAUUUUGUUAUUGUAUUGGUGACGGACGAUCAAGUAGGGAUUAGUGUGCAAAAUGUUUUAAAUCCUCUUCAUUCUUACAUUCCCAGAAAUGGAAUUGGCAUUGGCAUGCACC